ACAAUAAUACAGGGCCUGGACCAGGCGGACCGCCCAAUCCAAUGAUGAGGCCUCCCUAUGGUAUGCCACCAGGAUUUAUACCGCCCCCGAUGGGGGGACCAGAGAUGAACCCUCCUCCAAUGAUGCCACCUGGUAUACCACCAGGAGGUUUUCCUCCAGCAGGCAAUAUUCCUCCCCCAAGGUUUCCUCCCAGUCUUCCUCCGAUGUCUGGGGCUAUGCCCCCCAUGUUUCCUCCUGGACCAAACCCUCAAAUUUCCAACCUGGCUCACUCCGGUUCUGCUUCUAAUUCCCCAAUACUUGUUGAUGGCAAACCAGAUAAGAAGCCGUUGUGGACUGAGCACAAGGCACCCGAUGGCAGGACUUACUACUACAACAAUAUCACCAAACAGUCGAGCUGGGAGAAGCCAGACGACAUAAAAACCAAGGCAGAGUUACAACUGUCACAGUGUCCCUGGAAGGAGUACAAGUCAGACACAGGGAAGGUGUACUACCACAAUGCCCUCACUAAGGAGUCCAAGUGGACAAAGCCAAAGGACCUAGAGGAACUUGAAGAAAUUGUUAAAGGUGAAGCAAAAAAAAAAGUAAUGGGUGACACCUCCAGGACAGCCACCCCGCCUGUCACAGCUGUUCCACCAGCAGGGAUAACUCUACCUGCACAGCCCUCCAAGCCCUCCUCAGCUAUUCAAGCUGCCAUGGAAGCUACACUGGCGUCUAUAGAGCUUCCUCCUCCCUCUGGUGCAGCCACUGUAGUGGCACCUCAAGAGAAAGUAGACAAGGUGGACAGUGAAGAUGAGAGUGAGGAUGAAAAACCACCCAAAAAGGAAGUGGUUCCAAUGGUGUUUAAGAGCAGAAAGGAAGCCAUGGAGGCAUUCAAGGCAUUGCUGAGGGAAAAGUCUGUGUCGUCUACUGCCUCGUGGGAGCAGGCCAUGAAGGUUAUCGUCAAUGACCCUCGUUAUGGUGCCCUCAAGCAACUCAACGAGCGCAAACAGGCCUUCAACGAGUACAAAACACAGAGAGUCAAGGAAGAAAAGGAAGAGCAGCGAUUACGAGCUAAACAAGCCAAGGAAGACUUGGAACAAUUUUUAUUGCACAGUGAUAAAAUGAACUCUGGCAUAAAGUAUUGGAAGGCAGAUGACAUGUUUGGAGGGGAGGAGGUUUGGAAGGUAGUACAUGACCGUGACCGCCGGGAGCUGUUUGAUGAUGUAACUCAUAUGUUGGCUAAGAAAGAAAAGGAAGAAUCGAAGGCACUACGCAAGCGUAACACGAAGGUGUUUGCUGAGAUCCUGGACAGUAUGCCCAGUCUUACUUACUGUACAACCUGGUCAGAGGCCCAACAGAUGUUACUGGACAACCCACGCUUCACAGAGGACCCAGACCUACACAACAUGGACAAGGAGGAUGCCCUGGUGUGUUUUGAGGACCACAUCCGCAUGUUGGAGCAGGAAUUUGACGACGAAAAGGAGAGAGAAAGGCGACGGGUUAAACGCCAGCAACGCAAAAACAGGGAAGGAUUUCUGGUCUUGUUGGACGAACUCCAUGAACAAGCCAAACUAAACUCCAUGUCUCUUUGGAUGGACCUGUACCCAGUCAUCAGCCAGGAUGUCCGUUUUACCAACAUGCUUGGACAACCAGGAUCUACACCUCUGGAUCUUUUCAAGUUCUAUGUUGAAGAUCUCAAAGCCAGAUUCCACGAUGAGAAGAAGGUUGUCAAAGAAAUAUUGCGUGACCGGGGAUUUUUGGUGGAGGUAUCAACGUCAUACGAGGAUUUUGCUUCAGCCAUUAUCAUGGAUAAACGGUCUAUGGGAUUGGACACAGGAAAUAUCAAGUUAACUUACAAUAGUUUGAUAGAAAAGGCUGAAGCGAGGGAACGGGAAAGGUUGAAGGAGGAGGCCAGGAAGUUGCGAAAAUUGGAAGGAAAUUUCAAGAACAUGUUGAAGAAUUUGAACCCACCGAUUGAAGUUGAAAAUCGCUGGGAGGAGGUACGAGGACGCAUUGAGAAGGAGUCAGCCUAUGAUGCCAUUACCCUGGAGGCAGAUAGGAUGCGAUUGUACAAAGAGUUCCUUGUUGUUCUGGAGGAAACAUGCUACCAUCAACACUCCAAAAAGAAGAAGUCCAAAAAACACAAAAACAAACGAUCACGCUCAAGGUCCAAGUCUCCAAUCAGCGAGUCCGAGGAAGAACAGCAAUCCUCACGACAUAAAUCAAAGAAAAAGAAAAAGUCACGAUCAGAAUCAAGGUCAAGGUCGCCCAGCUAUAUAUCAGAAUCAGACCAUGACAGAGACGAACGAGAAAAGAGACGACACAAAAAGAAAUCAAAGAAGAAGAAACACAUGUCUCGAUCAGACUCGAGUGGCAGUGAAGCAGAUCGGAAUGAUUACAAAUCCUCUAAGUCAAAGAAACGGAGGAAAGAUAGAUCGAGGAAGCCCCACACAACUGGUGCAUGUGAGCGUGCAGGGGACUAUGACACAGAGAGCGAUGUCAGCGAGGGAGAGCUAGAGAAACGCCGCAGACUGCUGCUCCAACAGCUUGCUGCUGACCAGUAAACCUAAUACUGACCUCUACGAGACAGGAAGUGAUGACCAGUGUCGGUGGAGCCAAUAUGCCAGACAAAAGGAACAACAUGUGCCCAAAGACAAGAACUUAUUGUGUUUUAUAUUAACAAGGAACAAAGUUAUGGAGGUCAACGACUGUUUUAUUUCUGCCAUCUUCAUAGCUGCACAAAGCUGGAAAGAAAAUUGACAUAUACAAGGCAAGAACAAUAAUUUGGUUAUUAGCCAUUGUUCAGGUUGUGUCCAGUCUAGGAUAGGUGUACAGUGUGUGUAUGUGUGCAAACAUUUUUCAGACUUGGAGUGUAUAUGCUGAAAUUGUUGACCAUAACAAAACACUAAUGCAUACAUAAGCAUGAAUUUGGCCUUACAAAAAAUACCAGUGAAAGGACGUCCCAGUGACUAAAA